AUGGCAUCGCCUUCUUCAAUGGAUGACUUGUCUUCUUUACACGACGAACCCCAUUCCAGCAGUGCUGAAGCACCUGACAACCUCUCGAAAAAUGAUGCUGAUAGUCAAGCAACCAACUUGUCUGAAAAACCUACACAAGCCGAUACAAAGUCAUCAAGGCGUGGAUCUCGUUUUGGAUGGUUACUAUGGAUGAUCUUGUCACUAGGCGCUAUUUGGUUCUCAUUGAUGGUUGUGGAUGAAGCAUGCAAUCGACAUUAUUGCAAUGACUUGAUGGAUAUUGUUUCGGAUCAUACGCUUAUGCUUCAACUCAAACAGCAAGAGGCGAGCUUGUGGAUGAAUGAACACGUGAAUCCUUGGGUGCAGGAUAAAUAUCAACAAUGGAACAGCUGGGUGCAGCACCAUCGUGAUCAACUAAAGACUGCUGUGAUCGAAUGGGCCGAGCCAAAAGUUUGUCAGCCACCCGUAACUGAAACUACCACAGCCACUGUCACUCAAUCGACCACAUUACAUCGCACUGCCACGGUGGAAAAGACUCUUUAUCAAACAUCUACUUUGAGGGAAACGGAUACUAUCACAUCUACAGCCCACCAUACGGACACAAUCACCAACUUUGCCACCGUGACCGAUACGAAGACUGUGACCGAUACGACCACAUCAAUCAAUUAUGCUACAAUCCACCACACAACUACUGUCACUGAUACGGUUGCUCUUCCAAGCACAAUCACUGUUACUGAUACUGAUACAACUACCAUCACCGCUACCGUUACUGAGACUGAGACCUUGAAAGAAACUUUGACUGAGACCAUCACCGAUACGGUCACUGAACAUGCAAUCAAAACCAUCACCAAGACAAUGACCCCAACUGCAGAGCCAACUGAUUAG